AUGAAAUUCAGUUACAUAUUCAAGGAAAAUUCUGGCGAUCAAUCUACCUGGGAAUUUGAUUUUAGUGGCUGGACUAAACGAAAACUAGGACGAAGCUAUGUAGAACUGACAAGUUUUCAUCCAAACGCUGUUAAUGGAGAUUUUUAUAACCCUAUCAGAUUUGAUAAAGGAGGACUUGUUUUGUUCGAGGAUUAUGGUGCCGGAGUUUUCCACAGGCUUGCUAUGCUUCACACUCAUCAAGCUUUAAAUCAAUCUGAAAAAGUCGAUCAAGUCUCGUUUGAGGUUGACGGAGAAGAAUUAAUUACAGUACCGACCGUUUGGAAGAAAAAUUUUGCCUAUCCUUUUCCAAAGACGUUCUUUCGAUUUGAUGACCAAAAUAACAAGGCUGGUUUUCAAUUAACGCACCCAAUUGCCUAUGCAAAAAGUUUUCGCAUCAUUACCAGGUGGCCGGGCAGUGAACAGUUUAAAAGCGAUGAUGUAUGGAAUCAAUAAAAAGUGUGCCAUGAUACAAAGACAGCAUGCAACGUUAAGGUAUAUUUUGGAGAAACUGUAAACAAAUUU